UGCAAGCCGGGCUGCCUGCCCGACGAUACGGUCGCUCUGUUGGGGGUGUCGCGGUAAUUUGUCUCUUUUUUUUUCCUCUGCACGCGCAAGCUGAGCUUGACAUUGCUUGUUAAGGACGUUGGCUUCCUCCUCUCUCUCUCUCUCUUCUCUCUCUCUCUCUUUCUCCCUCUAUCUCUCUCUCUCUCCGCUUCUCUUCCGGCACGCGCGCUUCCGGCGUGCACGUUUGUCGGGUCGUGUCUUAUCGGGGGAGGAAAAAGUGGCCCGCGCUAUACCUGUGUCAAGACAAUACCGGAGAGCACGUGCAUCCGUGCGAAUAAAGGGAGCCGAAGAGCGCGCUCGAGGGAUCGUACACGCACUCCUACCCUCCUCUUGGAAGCUCCCGUGCUGCCGACAAGUAACAGAAUCGAAGUGACAGCGCACCGAAGAACACACUCAUAUCGGUCUGAAGGCGAGUCGCAUGACGGUCGCAGGAGAUGCUCUCGCGGCUGGUGGGCGAGCCGCACGGCUCCAUCGUACGCCAAUCAAGAGCCUGCAGUUCUAAAGAUAUCAAAGAACUGUGUUGAGGUCGGCGAUCGCGAUAGCACAGACACGGGCCUUUAUGCCGGUACUCAGCGCCGGGAAGUGACGAGAGGCGCAACUGGGAUUUAGGAAUCCUCUCUGUUUCCUCAAUUGAGAAUAGGCGGGGCCGGAACAGAGCCGUCAGGAUGUUGCGCAACAACGUAAUGUCCUUCAUGAAGAAGAUGGGAAUGGCGCAACAGGAAGCUGGUACAUCAGUCACGCCGGAGGAAAGUGGAAAAACCUUAAGCAAAAUAUUGCAGCUGGGAAACAUGAUAACGGCAGGAAACGUGACGAAGCCGGCCAAGGUCACCCCGGUAGAGGACAUUCAGCCCAAAGAGGAUUCCUCCACUAUUGAAACUUUGAAACCAAAACCAGAAGCGGGCGGCAAGACAAGCAGCGGGGACGACUGCAGGGUAUGCCGGAAGUCGUUCGGCCCCGAGGAAGUCUCGCGAACUUGUUGCGAAUGUCAACAUAAGGUCUGCGAGGACUGCGCCUCGUAUUCGACGACAACGAAUUCCGACGAUCCGUCUUCCUGGCGGUGUAGCGUUUGCCGUCGAAAGAUCGCCUCGAGGGACCAGCCGAUAGUGACACAGGAAUCCACAGAUUCGAUGCUGGAUGUGCCGAGCUUGGAGACCCUUCACAGGAGGCACAGCGACGCCCGGCUCGGUCCCACCGGAAGUCAGAUAGGCGCACUUGGAACCGGACUAGCUCCGCCGCGAAGUUCGGAAAUCCGAAGGCACUCCGACGUUUCGCCAGCUAGUCUCAAAGAAUUGGAGAAGUUUCGAAAGGUUGCAGGGGAACGCCAGAGAGAGGAGCUCAGAUGGGAACGCGACCUGGACCGGAAAAGCAAGUCGAGGGGCGGCUCGCCCGAUCGCCAUCAGGCCUCCGAUAGAGGGAGAGCGACCAGCCCUCAGAGGGUCGUCAUGCCGGCCCAGACGGGCGCGAUCGAGCAGGAAGGCGGUGAUCUGGACGACGAGGAGGAACGUCGACGUCGCGCUCGUCGCGGGGGCGGUACGGUACGCCGUAAAUCUCGCGUGACCAGGCAAAGGUCUUAUGACGAUGAAAUCAAAACGGCGGCCGCGAUGGCUGCCGGCGGAGCGCAGCCCACGCAUCCCGACACCGGCCUAGGCCUUCCGGUACAAUUACCCAGACGAGCGUCCGCCUACGACGUUUACGCGGUGCCCGGUAGUAGCGGUCUUAACGCGAUGGCCAUCGCCGCCGCCCAGCAAAGAGCCUCUAUUUCGGCGCAAGGCUCCCGAGAACCUGAAGAGCGGCCUGCAGCUCGCAGGUCCUCCUUCCGCGCCGUGAAACCGUUGAUGCCCUACGACGCGGCCGACGAUGAGAAGAUGAUUAAGCUAGACUCGUCAUCUGCACCUGCGGUGGCACCGCCUGUGUCCCAACCCGUUCUUGUACCCGACGAAGAAAGGCGUAAUCGGCGAAGAGGCUCCCAGUUACCCGACAUAAACGCGAUAAGAGCGUUAACUUCGGCACAACCAGGAGCGGCAAAAGGUGCUCCUGCGGUCGCUGUUACCAGGGUUGCGGCCGAAGAACGUGAAUUACCUAGGCAAGGAAGUCUGGUCGAUGGGGAAGGCAUAAAGAUCGUUAUUCAUGACGUCGACAGCGAUCUUGGUCCGCGGAUGAAUGCGAAGAGGAGGGUAAAGCUGAGGAGAGAUCCAGUUAUGGAUAAAGGGCACAGAACGCGUGGAUUUGGCAUGAGGGUGGUAGGCGGCAAGACCGGAUCGGACGGGCGCACCUUCGCGUGCAUCGUGUGGACCGUGCCAGGUGGCCCCGCCGAGAAAGCUGGACUGCAACAAGGCGACAAGGUUCUAGAAUGGUCCGGCGUGUCUCUUAUCGAUCGGAGCUUCGAGGAGGUGCAGCAGAUAAUCGAACGGACCGACGACGUGGCGGAAUUGGUGGUGGACCAUACGACCGAAAUCACCGGAGAUUUGCUGGAUGAUCCGCAAGCCGGAAAAACACCUACAAGUUUGGGCCUGCUGAUGGAAACCGAAACGGAUAAAGCGCCCUCGUCGCCGACGCGCAGGAAACUGCCAAAGACGCCGGAACAAAUAGCGAAGGAGAGGCAGGUGACCGGCCGCAUACAGAUCCAGGUUUCGUACGAGGCGGAGCGCAAAGAAUUGGUCGUUUCGGUUUUUAUGGCCGACGACUUAUGUACGCGAGAAGACACCGGAUUCGGCUCCUUGCCGGAGGCUUUCGCUAAGCUUAUCCUUGCUCCGCCAUCCGGCGAUGCAGCCCCGCUGAAAACUAUCGUAGCUGAGCCGACCCAGAAACCCAUCUGGAACGCUACAUUGUUCUUUACCGGAGUUGAUGGCGAGAGCCUGAUGGAACGUGCUAUCGAGGUGACUCUCUGGGAUUACUGUCCCGAUGGCGAUAAUGUGUUCCUUGGUGAAUGCACUGUCGAUGUUCAGCGAGCACUUGAAAAUGACAGAGCGGUUUGGUAUCGUCUGGAGGAUCCACGCGGACUUCGAACGGGCAAAUCGCCGUACUGCUCGCCGCGCGGCUCGGUAUCGAUGGACCCGCACAUCGCCCAGAGACUGUUCAGGAAGGAACUGCGGGAUCGUAGCUACAGCGAUGAUACGCAGAGCGACAGCGGUAGCCCGGAGUUUUGCUUCCUGCAUCCGGACCACGCCUGGCACGCCAAUUCCAGACGCGGUUCCAGCCAGUCCGAGCAACUCGAGGUUGAGCCGUACGAGCUCAGUCGGGAUUACAGCAGAUCCCUGCCGGGUAGCCGCAGGAGCAGCUUCCAAAGUCAAGGCGGCACCGAUAGCAAACGUGGUAGCAUGGGCGAAACCGACGCUAUAGUGUACUACAAUCGCGAUCGACGGCGAAGCUCGUUCACCAGACCGAUGAGGGAUCCCGAGGAGAUCCUGGAGGGUCUGCGAGCGUUGAAGGCGACCAAGGGGGAGCUCAGCAGGACCAUGAGCCUCUCCGGCGACAAGAGACGCGGCAGCCGGCGGGGUGAGCGCAAAGACAGCGUCAUGGAGAUUCCUGAGAGAUUUUACGAUCGAAAUAGCGAAUCCGACGAGGACGAGAAAUGCAGUCAGUCAGCGAGAAAUGAAAAUGGCGUCGAUCUGAAACUGGGUCGCGGACAGUUGCUGCCGAAAGGAUUCAAAAUAAAUAGUGGAGCACAGAACGGCGAAGUGCAGCUGGGCUUCUAUAUGUGCAAGGGAACUCUCGAGGUCGAAGUUAUCUGCGCGAGGGAUAUUUGUCCCGAGGAGAAGGAGGAGCCAGAUACUUACGUGAAGACGUACUUGCGCGAACGAGACGGCGACAAGUGGCUGCAGAAGCGCAAGACCCGCGUGGUGCGACACUCGAAGACCCCGCAGUACCGGCAGACGCUGAAAUACGGACGCAGCGACACUCUGCAGGGCAGGCACUUGCUGGUGAUGCUGUGGGAGAAGAAGCAGACCUUCGAGAGCAACCAGGGCCUGGGCGGCGCCGAAGUGGAUCUCGAUCUGCUGCCGCCGAAGGAAUUCAUCUUCGACUGGUAUCCGCUCUUCCCGAUCCACACCCUCGGCACGAACAACGCGGACUCGCCAUGAUGGCUAAGGGAAAAGUGGGCCCUCGAGGCCGGCGAGCUCGACCUCAGAUUGAGCCUUUUGCUCAAGGACGAGGGCGAGCCCGUCGUCAAGAUCAUCUCUUGAUGGAAAUCGUGGCUGAUGAUUACGUGGCCGCAAUGUCGGCUGGCUCGAGUCCAACGCGAUCUCGAUCUUCGCGUGACAACGGCGCUCUUUAUUAUUACAAGUCUUUGAAUGUGGCGACGAGGCUCACGUUGUUCCAGAAGGCAAUUGAAGUUCGCGUCGACGAAAUUUCCGUCUUUCUGUGUUACUGCGACUUUUCAAGUUACGACUUGUACAUAACACUUAACAACAGCGCGUGCAGAUGUGUUCAAACAGAAAAAUACUUUUAUUUCAUUCAAUCGAUCAGAAUUAUAUACGAUAUACAUAUUAUUAAUUUAAAUAAUAAUAUUAAUUUAAAUCGGCAUAAUUGGCUGGUAUUAAAUCGAUUAAUGUAUUUUAUAAUUGUUACUUAAUCCAAAAGUGCAAACAAGUAAUUAAUGAACGAUAUCUACCGGUUGAAUGUUUGAUUAUUUACCAACAUUUGCAAAUAUAAAAUGUUUAAAAAAAAAAGAUUUAUUUCUAAAAUCGGAAUUAUUGAAAUAUUACAAUAAAAGAUUUUUAUCUUUCCUUUUAAGAAAAUAUAAAGUUAAAACAGAUGUCGCGGAACACGGAAGUUUCAGAUAUAUCAUCGCAAUGUAUAAAGUGAUUCUCAAAAAUAAUGAGAUCAGUCAGUAACACGGAUCGAUCAUCUGUCAUGUGACAAAUCUUGAUUGAAUGAGAUCGAUGAUAAUGCGUAGCGUAUAACCGGAAGACAAUCAAUUUCAGAGGGCUUAUAUACAAUUGUUUAAGAAGACAAUCAACUUUAAAAAAAAUUGUAAAGACGUAAACGCUUCCAUAUUGAACUUACGCUUGUGGGACGACGUCAGAGCGUCAGCGUCGUCGCGUUUCGAGCUACGACGAAGAGACGAAGCGAGAAGGAGAGCGUGGGCAAGGAAAAUAGAUUCGAGAGAACCGAGUUCCUUCGAUUAACGCCUUUCGAGAUCCGCGGAGUGUUUUGUCGGCGCUCCGCGGUGAUUUUAGCAAUAAAGGUGUACCUGUGCAAGUCUCGUUCGCAUCAGCAGGGCGAAAGAAUUGAAAGGUACGGAGAGUUUAUUUUUCGACGAGUUACUACAAGAGAAAGAGAGAGAAAGAUAAGCGGAGGCAGCCAUGUAUAUCCUGACGAAAUGAUAUAAGGGUCCAUUUUUCCCGAAACAAAUGUAAUAUCGGCGAGAAUACGUCGAUGACUGCGCGAAUGCGAAACACGAUCGACAUCUGCCGCCGGCGGCGGUGAUUUCAUCUGGUUGAUCCAGUCAGUGAUUCGAUCGGAUUUCGCACGUGCUAAUUCAAAUAUCGAUACAAACGGGGGUUGUAGAGUCCUGUUUGAUCUUACUACGCCGACGGGGUGCUUUCAGGAUUCGCAUUUUCAAACAAUCUCUUUGUUCGGCUUAAUUGACAUGUAACUCUGAUUUGUAUUAUCUUAUACUCUGUUUUAAAUUUCACUUAUAUAAAUGUUAAUUUGUUGUACAAACACAUUACAUCAACGUACGUUAUAACGCAAAUAUCGUAUAAACUGUAUUAUUACAAAAUCUCAAAUUAUAUUGUAGAUAGGGAUUCAGAAUUUUUUUUUGUAUACACACAGAGCCAUUCCAAAAAAAAGUGAUGACUAUGGGAAAAUAGGAAAUAGCCGAAUCGAAUGGAAACGCCUCGAUCGGCGUACUUGACUACUUAAAUGCUUUAACUAUUUAAUGGUAGACAAUCGUUUCAAGGCUCGCUGGCCGAGCCGACGAACAAAACAAAACAAAACAAAAAAAGAGAAGCAAUUAGCUUGAGGUGGUGGCGAGACGAGCGGAUAAGUUCCCGGAGGUAACUUCGCGGCCAACUUGAAUAAUAACCAACCAAACUCGGUGUUUUAGAAGUCGCACAAUUUUUGUAGCUCGUAGACUGAUAGCGGGACUUCGACGUUUCUCAUGGAUGUAACGACGUCCCGUUUUGCGUAGCGUCUCGAAGAUCACUAUGAACUCCGCGAAGCAAUCCCGGACAGAUUGGCUACGAAAAACACACACAAAAAAAAAGAGGAAAAAAUUGACAGAGACGACGUAUAGGAGGAAAUCCAUGUGGCGGCGCGAAAAUUCACGAGCUUAAUCAAUUCGUUGAUGAUUCACGGGAUUGAUUUACGAUGAUUCUCGGGACGCGUUAAUGUGAGUGUUUAAAAUCCUACAAUGUCCCCCCCCCCCCCCCCCACGAGACGAGAUCAGGGACAUACAAUGGAUUGUCCAGAAUUAUUGCGCUUACCCCGCCCGAGUAAAAAAUUAGCGAUAGGUAAUAAACGUGAUAAUAUCGUAAACAGAAUUUAAUUAAUGAUCCGGCAGCAUUCUCACACGAUAUGAUCCACGAGUCACGUCUUAAACGAUUGUAGAUCGACAAAUUUAUUAUCAUGCUGAGUGUGUGAUGCGUGCAUAGGCAGAAGGAAAGACGCGGCGGUUUACUUAAGUGAUUGCGGUGUGUAUAACACGUGAAGCAUAUAAACGUCGACACCGUGGUGUACACAUAAUAUGCAUACCUCUAUAUAAAUAUACUAUAUAUAUAUAUAUAUAUAUAUUAUUACAAUCCGCGGGGAGACUGUAACGAAGGAUAAUCAAAAUGUACAUGUGUUUAAACGAUACGAUUAAGGAUACGGUGUCCCAUAUCAUUAUAAAAAGAAAAUUCGGUGUUAACGAUGUAGACGUUUAAGGGAUGUCAACGAAAGUUCAAUCGAAAAUUUAUUUUCACAAGUCCUUCGAAACGAAAUUCUUGACGGCGAUAUACGUACGUAGUUCUUACAUUAGUAAUUUCGUUUCGUUACAUCAGUGAACUUCGUUUUUUGUCCGUAUAUACGUAUAUUUUUCGUUGAUUCUUUUUUGUAAAUAUUGGACCUCUGUAAAAUGUCAGGCUCCGACUUUCCUUUACGAAAACUUUUACUUGUUCGUCAUUGUAAUGUCCGAUCUUUAAGAUCCAAUAGUUUGGACAAGUCUUACGAUUCCCCUGAGGGUUCCUUUUGCAAUCCGUAAACGGCAGACUUGGUCGAGAAGGUGUGCAGGAGUCGCGAACUCGCGAGCGCCUGAGCACACCCGAAGAAAGUAAUUUUUUACUUAAAAAAAAAACACACAGAGAGCGGGAAAGCAUACCGGCCCGAAAAAAAAGAGAAGAAAAAAAAGACACUUUAAUUACGGUUGUGCUGUUCACACAUCUUAUGUCGAUAUAAUCGCUACAUCAGUCUCUGAACGCCUCGAACGCCAGCGACACGCCUCGCAAGACUCAUAAAUGAGACGAUUGUGCCUUCGCGGGGGCUACGUCAGAUAUAUCGUAGAAAAAGGAAACAAUAUUUCAUCAGUAAUCGGCCUAGAAACAUAUCCGAGAUAUCAAGAAUAUUAAACUGUACACAAAUUCGAACUUUGCUGUAAAACAAAUUACGCAUUACUUCAUAUGGUCUCUGCGUUUUGACUAUUAUGCCAAAACUCGUAUAUUGUGUGAGCUUAAUGAUGCUAUGCAUUUGCCAAAGUCGUUAAUAUUUUAAUUGAUACGCAUCUUGCAAUGCAAUUAAAUUUUGAAAUUUCUAAAUAUUAAUUCAUUCUUUUUGUUUCGCGAGCGAACGAUAUUAGUUUUACGAAUCCAUGUUGAGGAAAUAAAUUCAAGAUAUGAUCUUAACAAAUGACGUAAACCGAAAGUACAAGUGAAAGAGAUAUUUGUAGCGAAGGUAAAGGAAAUCGGCGGAACUUUCGACGAAAAAAAAAUCAUAAAUUAAUUCGAGCGAAUACUAAAUUUCAUCGAAAGUUUCCUCAUAUGAAGAUUAUCGCAUGGACAAUCUUCUCAUACGAAUGCAAUCGUCUAUACUUUAGAUGGAGGACUUCUCUCCUUUGUACGUAGUUGAGCGCAUUCUAAAACAAGUUUUCUACUAGCCUUCGAAGUGACCUAAUAACUAUUACGAUCAUUAGUAUCGAUGCCAUCGUUACUAUUACCACUAUCGCUGCUGCUUAUUCUCUUCUUGGUCAUUGUAGAUAAAUUGAUACUUAUUAGAGCUAAAAAUGAGAAUUUAUAUUUCGUAACAGCAUUAGUUUCACACUGUCAGUGAUUUUUACUAAUAAAAUUACAAAUGACAAAUUAAUCUUUUGUAUUUUUAAAUUAUUAUCUUUU